AUGUCAAUGCCAGCAUCCAUUGCUGAGCUCAGCAGCAAUGCUUCCAGUGCCACAUUUAACCCUUCGUCGCCAUCUCUAGCUGUAGAUGAGGCCAUGUUUCUAGAGGGAGCUGGUAGCAGCAACCUCAAUCAUUCCAACCAAGAUGAAGAAGACUAUCAUUCCGACUCUUCCUCCGAGUCUGUGCAUAGCACUUCAUCCCAGGAAUCAUCCCAAAAGAAGAAAAAGUCUUCUUCCCAAAAGAAGAAGAGUUCAUCCUCCAAAAAGAAAGAAGUCAAGCAUGUGCGAGGUGCUUGGACCGAAGAAGAGGACAACCACUUGAGAAAGCUUGUUGAAAAGUUUGGAGCCAAAAAGUGGUCACAAAUAGCUCUCGAAUUGCCUGGUCGAAUUGGAAAGCAAUGCAGAGAACGUUGGUACAAUCAUUUGGAUCCAUCCGUAAAGAAGGAUUGGUGGACUCCAGAGGAAGAUCGUAUCAUUAUCGAGUAUCAUGAAAAGCAUGGUAACAAGUGGGCUCAAAUCGCUAAAAUUCUGGACGGAAGAACGGCCAAUGCUAUCAAGAACCAUUGGAAUUCAACACUGAGACGUGUCGUAGAAAAAUCCAAAGAUAAGGCCAAGAAGAGUGGAGGCGUUUGUGAAAUUGUAUUGCCUCCUUGUCCAAAGAGAAAGAAGCCAUCCUCUAAGGGAGGGUCGUCCUCAAAUGACAAGAUACAAUCCAUGACCAUCCAGCUCCGUUUCAACACGACCAGUAACAAACUUUUGGAUAUCAAGACAACGAAGGUUGUCACCAGCGACGGAGAGGUGCAAUCAGGAGAUGAGGACGGCACUGACGACUCUGAAAACAAUAAGGUUUCAUCGUCCUCUCCCAACUCAUCGACCAAGAUGAAGGAGUCUCUCAAUGAUGAGGAAGAGGGAGUUGCGGCAACAAGCAAGUCACGCCGUCGUAGUAAGGGCUCAGCAUUGAGAAAGAGAAAGAAACCUGCUCGUGACUCUGAUUAUGACUAUGAAGAAGAGGAAGAAGAAGAGAUUGUCAGUGACAAGGAAGAACCAAGUCGACCAUCAAGGGGAAGACGCUCCUCCGUUCGUAAACCUCAAACCACUGCCGCUGACGAAGAGGAGUAUCAUUCUGAAGAGUCUGAUCAUGAGGAUGACGAGGAAGACUUGACAUCAGAUCACAACGACUCUGAGGAAGAGGAAAAGGUAUCGUCCACCAAGAAACGAAAGCUCUCAUCGUCCUCAUCUAGCAAGAAUGUGAAACAUGUUGCCUCCUCAUCUUCCAUGUCGUCCAAUGCUGGAUCCAGUUCUUCUUUCAGCUCUCACCAAGUUCCUUCCCUCACUACUGAUUAUUCUUGUGCAGAUCCAAAUGCAGCUACCGCAACCACUACUACUACUUGCUUGUACAAACCUAACAACUUCUUCUUCUCCCAACCUUCUACAAGUUACUGCUUCCAAAAUGUACAUUCCCAACCAACCAAUGACAUUGGCAACGUCACGAUGCAGCCUCAGUCACAACCUCAACACACCAUGUACGACUAUUUCGAUUUUGACCUUCCAUUCCUUGAGGAGAACUCUUACCAGCAACCUACUACAUCAGCAACAAUGAGCAACCGAAGUAACAAUAAUAGGCAUCAUCACCAAAUGCAAACAGUGGCAGGCUCCUCUUCUUCCCAUCAUUAUGCACAGUGUCCAUACGCUGCUGGAAGCUCUUUCUCGCGAAAUACUGUCCCAAACUCGAAACAGCAACAACAGCAAGUCUUCUAUUCGAGUGAACAAUUGCAAAGGAUGAGGCAAUCUUUCUUGGAGGAUUUGUGGAAUGAUGACACAGAUUUCAAGUCCAUUGUCGAAUCCAGGAGGUUUGACCCACAAUACUCUGCCGAGUAUUCUUCAUCGGAUUUGGGCGCUGAUUCUGACAUUAACUUCUUUCUGGAUUUUACCUUCUAG